AAUGAAUACACGAAGGUGCGCGAAUCGUGGAAAUUGCUUUGAUAUGCGAAUUCCGCGAAUGUGGGUCCGUUAGACGGGCAAUUUCGGAAAGUAUUCUUAGAUUCUUCGGAAUUUGUGGAUUCUGAAACGAAUCCUUGGACCGUUGCAUCUUGGACUUCCACUAUUCACCCUCGUCCCCCCCCCCCCUCUCUCUCCCUCUCUCUGUUGUAUAAUCUCGACGUGUUUCCGUGGGCGGGAGAGCGAGCGAAGCGAUCACGGCGAUCACGGCGACCUUGAUCUCGAAUUUGCUUCUCUUCGGCUAGAAGGGCAGCGAGUCUCCCAGCGAGUAGUUUUCCUCGGUGCAUAAUCACGCGCCAACUAAUACGACCGCAAUCUGACAGAUACACACGCGACUCGCGCAACCCGCUCCUCUCUUUCGUUCCAAGUCUUUUCUACCAGAGUGACUGCUCAUCAGUACCUCCAAUCAGAAUGCGUCAGAAAGCAACGAUAUCAUCUCUUCGCCGGGAACCCUGAGGCCUCGAUGCACUCGGAGAUCGCAGGAAGCAUGGUUGAUUCGGGACACCCAGUAUAGGACGGCUCGAAAUUGAACUCACGUUGACAUUGGACGUGACCUAAUCUUGGGCAGAUAUACACAAGUAAUGGGGAGAUACAACAAAACGUGCAAACUGCAAAAUACAACAAAACGUGAAAUGUGGUAUAAAUUUGCAACGUAUGACUGAUUAUUUACAAGCUUGCGAAGUAGCGAGUGAAAUUUUUGACAAUGUUGCGAACGAGAUUGCUUCUCAGCGCUCCUGCCAAACGUCUCAAAUAUGUUGGUGCAGGAGUAGCAAUGUUGAGCGUCAGUUACGUCCUUCUCCCUUCAAGCCAGAAGAGAGUCGUGAAGAGCAUCGCCGGAAGUUCGAUUAGAUUCGCGAGAUCGUUCAAGAUCAGUGCAACGGUUUCUAUGGAUUACCUAAUCGCUCCUUUGAUGGGGUAUACAACUACGGAAAUUCACCGAAGAUGCGCCAACCGGAUCGUCCAGGGAUGUCUGGAGAACGGCGGAAUUUACAUAAAGCUCGGACAAGGCUUUGCGGCGGUAAAUCAUGUCCUACCGAAGGAAUAUGUCGAAAGUUUGUCAGUACUGCAGGACAAAUGCUUGACACGAGGAAAGAACGAACUCGAGGAAAUAUUCCAGCAGGACUUUGGCAAGAAACCCGAGGAAAUGUUACGUGAAAUUAAACCCGAGCCAGUAGCGGCUGCCAGUUUAGCUCAAGUAUACAAGGCUGAAACUUUAGAUGGAGAGAAAGUGGCUAUUAAAGUACAAUAUAUCGAUCUUCAGGAGCGAUUUAUAUCCGACAUAAAGGCGGCGAUUUUUCUGUUAAAAGUUGUUUCUGUUAUACAUCCGAAAUUUGACCUGCACUGGGUAUUUGAUGAUGUUUUUGAGGCACUGGCGAGUGAGCUGGAUUUCGAGAACGAAGGGAGGAACGGAGAACAAUGCGCCAGAGACUUGAAGAAAUACGAAUAUGCAUACGUACCGAAAAUCCACUGGGAUCUUAGUAGUAAGAGAGUCCUUACAACGGAAUGGAUCGACGGUGUGAAAGUAACCGACGUGGAAGGAAUCAAGGCGCUCGGAUUAGAUGUGGCUGACAUUGAUAAGAAACUGAUCACUUUGAUGGGGGAGCAAAUAUUUCAUACAGGAUUCGUGCACGCCGACCCACAUCCAGGAAACGUUUUCGUGAGGAAAAUAAAGGGCGAUAAGGCGCAAGUAGUACUGUUAGAUCACGGCUUGUAUCAAUACCUGCCAGAGAAAACGAGGUGUACCUUAUGCAACUUUUGGGAAUCGAUGGUUCUGAAGAAUGACGGCUCUCUGAAAGCGCAUGCGAACGACUUGAAUGUAAAAGAUCACAUACUGUUGGCGGAAAUAUUGACGCAGGAGCCAUACAGAAUUUCUUUUACGUCACUCCCGAGCAACACGACAGUGGAAGAGUACAUGAAGAAACAAGCGCGGGAACGUUUCGAUAAGAUCACAGAAACCCUAAGAUCGAUGCCCAAACACAUAUUGUUAGUAAUAAGGAACUUGAAUACGAUACGUGCUAUUAUCACGAGCCACGGAGAUAUUAUCAAUCGAUACAAGUUAAUGGCAAGGAUCGCAACACGCGGCAAGUAUCGAGCUGCGAAACAAUCUGUUUACAAAAACAUCGCGGGUAUUUGCAGCCUCGUCAAAUUUGAAUGCAGACUUUGGUUACACAACUUUGUACAAUGGUUACUUAACAUCUAUUUAAAUAUUUUGAAAUUAACCGGUCAUGACGUCACGGGAACUUUGCAAAUAAACUUGCUCUAACGGUAUCACUCAGUUAAUGUCGAUAUGAAACUUUGUACGCGUUGUUACACGUCUGUAAAUAAACGUGAGACAUUUUGCACGAUUAAAUAAAGAGAUGUUUGUUGAUGCUUUUGAAUAAAAGAGA